AUGCCCCGACAGACUCUGGCUCGAAGUCUCCGCUGGACGCAGGCAUCCAGAAAAUACCAUGCUGGUCGGACUCGGAGGGCGGGCAUGGCCAGCGCUGUUCUCCAUAGGACCCUCAGCUCGGACCCCUUACAUCUUGUUUCGGCAAGCGGUACUCGUCUCAGGUUCUCCAAUGGUCAUGAGAUUAUAGAUACCAGCUGCGGUGCCGGUGUGGCUUGCAUCGGAUACAACGACAAGAGGGUCAAGCAAGCCAUGGUGGACCAGAUCGACAACUUCUCGUACGCCAACUCGGUGUUUUUCAGUCAUUCAGCAGGCGAACAGCUUGCUACAGAUCUUAUACAAGGGACCGACGGCCACAUGUCAAAGGCUUACAUUAUGAGCUCUGGGUCGGAGGCGAUGGAGUCGGCUAUGAAAAUGGCUCGCCAGUAUUUCAUGGAGUUGAACCCUAAGCAAGACAAGAGAGUCAAUUUCAUCUCCCGCGACUAUUCCUACCACGGUACAACCCUUGGCUCGCUGUCGAUGAGUGGACACGCCGGGAGACGUAAACUUUUCGAGGGUAUGCUUCUUCCAAACAUUUACAAGGUGUCGCCUUGCAAUGCGUAUCGGUUCCAGAAGCCAGGGCAGACGACGGAAGAGUAUGUUGCUCAAUUGGCCGACGAGCUGGACCACAAAUUCCAAGAUCUCGGCCCGGAAUCAGUCAUCGCCUUUGUGGCGGAACCGACAGUGGGAGCAACCACUGGGUGCGUCCCUUCUGUUCCUGGCUACUUCAAAGCCAUGAAGCAGGUCUGCGACAGAUAUGGUGCUCUGCUUAUCCUAGACGAGGUCAUGUCCGGCAUGGGGCGCAGCGGAACACUACAUGCCUGGGAGCAAGAAGGGGUAGUUCCCCAUAUUCAGACCAUUGCCAAGGCUCUCGGCGGUGGCUACGCACCCAUCGCUGGCAUGCUAAUCGAUCACGAAGUCGCGGGGGCUCUAGAGAGUGGAAGCGGAUCUUUCUCCCACGGGCAUACAUAUCAGGGACACCCCCUGGCCUGCGCAGCGGCGCUCGAGGUGCAGCGCAUCAUCCGAGAGGAGAGGUUGGUGGAUAACGUACGGGAGCAGGGAGUCCUUCUGGGUGAGCUUCUGCACGAGUACCUUGACGAUCAUCCGCGCGUCGGAAACAUUGAAUUCGUCCAGAACAAGGAAACAAAGGAGCCCUUCCCGGUCUCGGCCGGAGUUGCAAACGCUAUUCAUACCAUAGGUCUCGAGGAUAUCGGCAUCAGCCUAUACCCGGGGACUGGAACCGUGGAUGGUACUUUGGGAGAUCAUGUUCUUCUGGCGCCGGCUUACAACAGUACGCCGGAGGAAAUCACAAUGAUGGCCAAGAAGGUACAGGAAACUGUUUACAGAACCUUUGAAAGGCUAGCUGUAUAG